AUGUAUGUCAUACUCCUUAUACUGUUCUCAUUGCAAUGGAUACCAAAUUUAUUUUACUUGAAUCAUUAUGUGGAGGAGAUUUCUUUUCUUAAUCAUUACUUCUUAGUCCAUAUUUUAUUCCUAUCAGUGAUUUUUUUCCUUUUUCUUUCACUCAUGAAUUAUUUUCUGCAUUUAAAUAAAAGCAUGCUUCCUUUUCAACUGCCUCCUCCUCUUUGCCCCCACCUUUUUUACCUUUGCCACCACACUACGUCUUUUCUCCUUGUUUCCCCCCCUCUCUGUUUCCUUGUUUCCUUGUUUUUCCCCUUGUUUCCCUCCCUACUCUGUCUUUUCUCCUUGUUUCCCUCCCUACUCUGUCUUUUCUUCUUGUUUCCCCCCCUACUCUGUCUUUUCUCCUUGUUUCCCCCCCCUCUGUUUUUCUCCUUGUUUCCCCCCCCUCUCUGUCUUUUCUCCUUGUUUCCCCCCUACUCUGUCUUUUCUCCUUGUUUCCCCCCUACUCUGUCUUUUCUCCUUGUUUCCCCCCCUUUUCUCCUCUUCUUCUUUUCUCCUUGUUUCCCCCCCUCUGUCUUUUCUCCUUGUUUCCCCCCUACUCUGUCUUUUCUCCUUGUUUCCCCCCCUACUCUGUCUUUUCUCCUUGUUUCCCCCCUACUCUGUCUUUUUCUCCUUGUUUCCCCCCUCUGUCUUUUCUCCUUGUUUCCCCCCUGUCUGUCUUUUCUCCUUGUUUCCCCCCUACUCUAUUUUUGUCUUUGUCAGUAUCUCUCCCCUGUCGUUUCUCUUUGUUCCCUCCCUCCCUCCAUCGUUUCUCUUUGUUCCUCCCUCCCUCCAUCGUUUCUCUUUGUUCCCUCCCUCCCUCCAUCGUUUCUCUUUGUUCCCCUCCCUCCCUCCAUCGUUUCUCUUUGUUUCCCUCCCUCCCUCCAUCGUUUCUCUUUGUUCCCUCCCUCCCUCCAUCGUUUCUCUUUCCACUUCCUCCCCUUUCUACCUUUCCCCACUUUUCCUCUUUUCUCUCAUUCUUUCUUUAUUCAUUUCUUUCCCUCUCACAUAUUUCUAUCUUCUAUUCUUUUUUUCUUUUUUUUACUUUCUUUCCUACUAUAUAUUAUCAAUUUCUUUCUUCUUACACCAUCUUCUCAAUUGUCUUCAUCAUCAAAUUGUGCCUGCUUCUUGCUCUCUUUCCUCCCCUACCCCAACUCCCCUCCUCACGUAAUUCUGUGCAACAAAACCAGGAGAGGAAACAGAAUUCCUCUGAAUAUUGUGUUAUCAAUCGGUUAA